AUGACUAACAAUUUAGACUUAACUCUCAACUUGAAUCCACCAUCGGCUCUCUCCAAUGUAACUCCUUCGAGUAACAACCAACCCCCAAGAAGAAAACGCACUAGAACCUCCAACAACGAGACCACUUCUUCAUCUUCAAGAAUUAAGAAACCAGACCCUAACGCUCCCUUAAUCACAGAACCAUGCAAAGUAUGUGGCAAAAAGUUCUGGUCUUCCAAGGCUCUCCAUGGACACAUGAGGUCUCACCCUGAGCGUCAGUGGCGUGGCAUCAACCCUCCUCCUAACCACCAACUAACCAUCAUGCCAGCACCGCCGGUUGAGGAAGGUCAAGUCUUGGCUAAUGCCUCUACGACCGGUUCAAGUGUAGGAGUUGGAGGACGGUUCGACUGUGGAGGUUGUAACAAAGUGUUUGAGUCACGUCAAGCGUUAGAUGGACAUAUAUGUACCGCCAUUUUUAACUUAAACGAAGAUCCUCCUCCUCCUCCUCCUCAAGAGACUGUUGAUGAAGAUGAUAAGAGUAAGAGUGUGAUGUCGGUGUCAGGGAUGAAGCAUCAAUGUGACCGAUGUUCGAAAGUGUUCUCUAGUGGUCAGGCUUUGGGUGGUCACAUGAGGUGUCAUUGGCUUCAGGAUCGAAAGGAAAAGAAACAAGCUUCGACUGGUAUCGAUCUUAAUGUCCCUGCGUCAACCAACUUGCCCGGUUCUUCUUCAGACACAUUGCCAGAGUCUUCUUUGGAUCUUAAGUUACGACUUUGA